AUGAGUUCAGAUCAGACUACUCCAGCCAUGAAGGCGCCCGAGGGUGAAAGCUACAACUUGGUUGACCCCUUUUCACUCAGACAUCUUCGAUUCGUAGUUGGUGGAGUUUCCCUUGGCGUUGCAUUUAUUUUCGUCUUUAUGCGAACUUAUGUGCGCAUACUGAUGAAGCAGUUACAUGUUGAAGAUUGUAUGUACUAUAUGGACAAAAGGCUGUCUUUGAUUGAAAAAUAA